AAUCAAACGCAGUUAGGUUAGGUAUAGCAAGGACAUGCAUAUAUAGUCCUAAAUCUACUUAUGACUAGCUAGAUCAGAUGUGAUACAAUUUUAGUUACGUGAUGAAUUAGUAGUUCCCAUAGUUCUUCUACACCUUUGGAUCAAUGAUGAAGUUCCAUCCAUACUUUCUCUAUUUUGGGGCCUUUUUACAUGAAAGCAUGCCUGAUGUGUCGAGAACCUAUUUGACCUAAUUAAACGGUGAAACCAGGCAACGAUGGUGAAGGGUGAUCCUUUUUUUCUGUACAUUUUGACAAGUUGUAUAGUCAAUGGCGUGUACUGUCUCCUCACACAGAAAAUUGCACAUCCUGGUGGAAACAACCAAAUCGACGAGAAGACUGCGGCCAGUCAUAGAUUCAAAAAUUGGAACGCUUCAUUAAAGGAGGCAAAAGUAAUCCCAGAUGUGAUUUCGGCUGAAGUUCCUCAACCGUUAAAAGUUGAAUACAUGGAUGAUAACAUUGAAUUUGGAACUUUAGUGGAAUAUAAUCCGAUGAACGAACAGCCUUUCAGUUUAGACUGGGAAUACGAAAAUAAAGAAUUUUACACUAUCGUAGUCUCCGAUCCUGACUUUCCUGAUCCUAAAAAGCCAUUGCGAAAAGAGUAUUUGCACUGGAUGGUAACAAACAUGGAAGAAGGAUUCAUCAGAGAAGGGAACGUGAUAGCUCCGUAUGUGCCGCCAUCAAAGAAACAUCUCGCAACUUGCUUUGGAUUGCAUCGAAUAGUUAUAGUUCUUUAUAAGCAACUUAAAGGAAAGAUAAACGUUUCGCCCGACCUAUAUACACCGCCAAAUGAUCCUGACGUCGACGAUGUUGAACCAUUUAACCGUGAAAAAUUCUCAUCCAAAUGUUUCGCAAAAGAGCAUAAUUUGGCUCCUUUAGCUGCCAAUUAUUUUACAAUGCAAAUGGACAAUCUGCCAGAAGAAUAUGUACGAUGACUGAGAUUUAACAUCAAGUUCAGCAACAAGUGAAAAAUUCAAAUUACAGUUUCAAAACUUGGGAACAUAGUGCAAAGAUGUUGACACGACAUGACUAUGCAAGGCGUGACGAAGCAAAUAAGGUGCAGAACUGCAAAGAUCUAUAGAGUUUUAAUUAUCUCGAAUUUCAUCCUAGUAUUUGCAAUAAUCACAUCUUCAAGUUCGGAAACAACUCCUGUUCUCCAUUAUGUAUAGAUGCGUUUUUCUAACCAAUGCGUAUUAUUGUUUGGCAUUAUCCCGACGAAAAAAAUCAGUAAUCAUCAUUGAUUAGGAUUCAUAUAGAAUUGUAAGAAUAUACUGCAUGUUUGCCCUUCUCUCCUAAAA